ACAGCUUUGGAGCUAAACCUCCAUCCAAUGCCAUCAUCCUUGCAUGAUUCCCGACAACCCACCUGGACAAACACCACGGAGGUCUCGAAAUCCAGACAUGGAGACAGGCUAGCAGCCAGAAAAGUGUCUUGCUCACCCCCUUGGCCAGUGCUGCCUGGGCAGUGUAGCAUCCAUUUAUUGGAAAUGUAGCGAUGUGGGUGGAACAUACGACAUUGCGGAUGGCGGAGAUGAUCAUUACCAACCUAUGGCAGGCGCAGCUCGAGUCCGUCCCAAGACCGGCACCAAAGCCUUCCACAGCCUGGCCGGUCGACGAGCGGGGAAGGCAUGGCCCUUUUUUUUUCUCAGCCUGCAGUGCCCUUCGUGGAAGGAUCCAGCCUUUCACGAACUAGCAUGGGCCGGGGACUUGUCAAACGCUCCUUCCUGCCGUGACAUGGUCCUCCGCCCCUGCAGGGCCGCCCGGUACCUGACACUUGUUGAUUAGCAGCAAGUGACCUCGACAAUGUGCCGGGCACAGCGGGCAGCUCGGGGCAACCCCCAUUGAUCUUUUCGGUGCUGUUAAACUCCUUGGUAUAGCCCCAGUCGUCUCUCUUCGAUAAUAACCUGUUCAUACCCAGCCCGUCCAGCUUUCCAGGUACCUACUACGCCUACACCUACACCUAUCUGGGCUACCAUUCAUUGCCCGACCAGGAAAAAAACCACAUCCUCCAUUGUGUCAAGCUUUCGCAUACGAGUUCGAUCGAUCGCCCGCCGCUCCUCCGAGAUCCAUAAAGAUCAGAUCCAACAUGUUGAACCUCGUCGCAUUGGGCCUUCGAGGCUUUAUGUUCCUCGCUGCUGCCGUCGUUCUCGGUCUCUCGGUCACUCUCGCCAAACACCAGGUUGUCGGGGGGCCUCCCGCCGAAACCUCGUUCGCUAGUUUUACUGGUGGAUUUGGGGUGUUCGCUGCCGCCGUCGGGAUCGCCGCUAUAUUCUUCGAAGCAAUCCCCUCACUGGUGCCCCUGGCCCUCGAUGGCUUGUCCGCGCUCUUCUUCCUCGCGGGCGGAAUCGCCCUCACCAUGGCAAUGAAGGACGUUUCAUGCACUUCCACCGCCAACGGACAGGACCUUGUACGAUACCUAAACAAGAUCUUGAACGGCGGAUGCUACACACCUGAUAAUUGUGGCGUAAACGAGGGCUUUCGGAGAAGCGAAGACCUGGUCAACGAACUCAAAGGUCGAUGCGUGAGGGUACAGGCAGACUUCUCGUUCCAGUACAUCGCCUUCGUCGCUGCUCUCGCUUGCCUCGUGGUAACAUUCCUCUCCGUGAGGAGGUCUGGUACGAGGGUUUUCGCCUGAUAUCCAUAUAAGGCGUGCCUCUAUGGGCUACAUCCUGGAACGCUAUAUCAUCUCUUGAAGUAGCCAACCCGGACCCGCUUUGUUUGGAGCCCUUCCUAGCACGAGCAUUACGGAGUAUCCGAGGACGGGGCCAGCCACUCCGCAGGAAAAGAUGCGAUGCUUUCUACGAAUUUUCAUGGCAAAUCUGAUUUACGGCAGUUAACAUACCCCGUUCUUUACUUCGUUCGCUCUCUAAGCCUCUUUCUCUUCCUCUAUGCAACAAUUAGAUCCUGGGCAAGUGUGUGGAAAUAUUGGAGAUUACGGAUUCCCCCCACAGAGAUGACGAGGCAGAUAGCACAAGGCGUUUGUGAGGGAGACGGACUCGGGAAGGACAUGGGCUCAUAUUCAUAUUGCGUAGUUGGGCUUAAUUAACGCCAUUCACGCUUUGCUCAUGUAUGUAUCUCUGUGAACCCGAGCCUGUUCCGAAGAAUGUAUGGUCUACGGAGGAUAUUCACCUUCGAGAUUAGACGCCCAAAUAUCAUGUGGGGAGAUGGGCACCAGUCACAGUGCUGGAUAGCAAUCCCGGAGUUCUAGC